CUUGCUGAUGAUCGGAAGUUACUGACAAUAAGCACCUUCAUCCCCCCAAAGGCGGAGAGAGGGAGAGGAGGAGGAGGAGAGACAGGGGGAGAGGAGAGCUGAUGCCUGACGAGUCACUCGGCGGAGGCAGAGCGGGCGGUACCACAACUUCCCGGCGGCGCGGAGCGGCGCGGAGCAGCGCGGCGCGGAUCGGAGCUCGCCGGCCGGAUCGCUCCCAUGUCAGCGCGGCGGCGGGGGACUGCGCUCCGCUAGCGACCAGCCGCCGGCCAACCCCCUUCUCGCCCAGCGAUGUAUUCACUGCUCUCAGCCUGCACUUGCCUAUGUUUACAUUUCCUGCUGCUGUGCUUUCAGGUACAGAUGUUUGCUGCUGAGGAGAAUGUGGAUUUUCGGAUACACGUGGAGAACCAGACGCGAGCGAGGGAUGAUGUGAGCAGGAAGCAGCUCCGGCUCUAUCAGCUCUACAGCAGGACAAGUGGGAAGCACAUCCAAGUGCUCGGCAGGAGGAUCAGUGCCAAAGGAGAAGAUGGAGAUAAAUAUGCCCAGCUUCUAGUGGAAACAGACACUUUUGGAAGUCAAGUCCGGAUCAAAGGGAAGGAGACAGAUUUCUACCUUUGCAUGAACAGGAAAGGCAAGCUAGUGGGGAAGGAGAGGAGCCAUGGGACCAACCCGGGCCUUUCCUCUGCUCAUUUCCUAUUGCCUUGCACUGCAGAAUCCCCGACCAGACCAGCACAUGCCAUCUGGCUUUGUUCUCCUCCUCACUCAGCAGCUUUGGAUCCCUCCAGCUGGAAACCUGCUUUGAAUUUAGCCCCUUUUGUGUCCCAUAAUCACCUACAAAGAGUGCCACGGCUGGAACUGGUGAUGAACACAAGAGCUCCAGAGGUGGACAGGGCUUUUCCCCACCUUGGAGCUGCCUGUGUUGCAGGGAAGCAGAUUAACCCCCCAGAGCCUGAUGGCACCAGUAAGGAGUGUGUCUUCAUUGAAAAAGUCCUAGAAAACAACUACACGGCACUGAUGUCUGCAAAAUAUUCAGGCUGGUAUGUUGGAUUCACCAAAAAAGGGAGGCCACGGAAAGGGCCCAAGACCCGGGAAAACCAGCAAGAUGUACACUUUAUGAAGAGAUACCCAAAGGGGCAAAUGGAGAUACAGAAACCUUUCAAGUACACAACAGUCACCAAGAGGACUAAGAGAAUACGACCCACCAACCCCAGCUAAAAACAGACAAAAAUAGUGUCACAAUAAGAAACCACAAAAAGAAAAAAAAAAAAACUGCACCAGAGGAAUAUUUUUACAUUAAAAAUAAGGAAGAAGCUCUAUUUUUGUACAUUGUGUUUAAAAAAAAUAAAAAUAAAAAAAUUAAUAAAAGACUAGAUGGCAAAUGCUGGGGAAAGCUGUUCGGG